UUCGCGGCCGUGACGUCAGCUAUAUAAAGGCCCGCAGCGCCUUUGUUCGCCCUCAUUGCGCAGUUGCAGGUGAGGCGGUGCGGAGGUCCCUUUCAAAGGUCAAAAUGGUGGAGGCGGACCGUCCCGGGAAGCUGUUCAUCGGCGGGCUGAACACGGAGACGAACGAGAAAGCGCUUGAAGCUGUGUUCGGCAAAUAUGGGCGCAUAGUAGAAGUUCUCUUGAUGAAAGAUCGCGAAACCAACAAGUCCAGAGGAUUUGCUUUUGUCACGUUUGAGAGCCCAGCAGAUGCGAAGGAUGCUGCCAGAGACAUGAACGGAAAGUCAUUAGAUGGGAAAGCAAUUAAAGUGGAACAAGCAACCAAGCCAUCCUUUGAAAGUGGUGGUAGACGUGGGCCGCCACCUCCUCCAAGAAGCAGAGGUCCUCCCAGGGGCCUCAGAGGUGGAAGAGGCGGAAGUGGAGCAAGAGGGCCACCUUCAAGGGGAAGUCAUUUGGGGUCUUCCAGAGGACCACUUCCAAUGAAGAGAGGUCCACCUCCCCGCAGUGGCGGGCCUCCACCAAAAAGAUCAGCCCCUUCAGGACCAGUGCGUAGCAGUAGUGGAAUGGGAGGCAGAGCUCCUGUAUCACGUGGGAGAGACAGCUAUGGUGGUCCUCCCCGGAGAGAGCCAAUGCCAUCACGAAGAGAUGUCUACAUGUCACCAAGAGAUGAUGGUUAUAGUACUAAGGACAGUUACUCAAGUAGAGAUUAUCCAAGUUCCAGGGAUACAAGAGAUUAUGCCCCGCCUCCGAGAGAUUAUGCAUAUCGUGAUUAUGGUCAUUCCAGCUCGCGUGAUGAGUACCCCUCCAGAGGAUACAGUUUUUCCUCCUAUAGUGACCGUGACGGAUACGGUGGUGGACGGGACAGAGACUACUCUGAUCACCCAAGCGGAGGCUCCUACAGAGAUUCGUAUGAGAGUUAUGGUAACUCACGUAGUGCUCCACCUGCUCGAGGGCCCCCUCCAUCUUAUGGUGGAAGCAGUCGGUAUGAUGAUUACGGCAGCACACGAGAUGGAUAUGGAAGUCGAGAAAGUUACUCAAGCAGCAGAAGUGACGUCUACUCAAGUGGCCGUGAUCGCGUUGGAAGACAAGACAGAGGUCUUCCCCCUUCCAUGGAAAGGGGUUAUCCUCCUCCACGAGAUUCAUACAGUAGUUCAAGCCGCGGAGCACCCAGAGGUGGUGGCCGUGGUGGAAGCCGAUCUGAUAGAGGUGGAGGCAGAAGCAGAUACUAAAAAAAAAAAAAAAAAAAAAUCACACUUUUGGACCAAAACAGAUUACUUUUCAAAAAAACACAUGAAAAGUGGAAGUUGUUCAAUCUUUGCUACCAGAGGACUACUGAAAGGAAAAGUUGUUUUUACCUUUUUUAUUGUUGCCUGUUAAGUUCCCCUCCAUGACUUAUGCUUUUGUGAAGAAAAGUUAAAACAAUGUUUAAUUUCAUUUCAAAAUUGUUACCAUUUCUUUCAAAACGCAGAUGUUAAAUGUAUAAAACUUGAGCUGUGUACUAGUGUUGUAAUUUUCAAAGUAAAAGUUACCCUGAAAUGCCAUACUUCCAUCUGAUUUUCCUCAUGAAUGGAACAAGCAGUUUAAGAUCUUCCACACAUCUAGCCAUCUAAAAUGGAGCUGGAUCGUUCUACACAUUCAAACUCGCAUUCCAAACAAAUUAGUUACUUGUGGUAUGGAGGGUGGUGGGGAUGUGCUGCACUAAAAUUUCAGUUUCCAGGAUCUGAACUCUUUCAGUUCCUCUCUAGAGUCUGAAAUCCACAUGGUAUUCCCUGUACAAAAUUCUUCAGAUUCUUGUGUAAAGAGAAAUUCAGGAAUUCAUUCAGUCACUAAAACAGCAAAUGGAUAAUGCUGACUGUACUUUGCCUUCGUACUGUUACGCUGGGAGUUUGGAAUGACCUCCCCCAAAAUAAACAAUUUACAUGUAAUAAGUCAA